AUGUGGUGUCAGGGGGCAUCGGGCCGGCGUGUGAGGUUAGGGCAGGGCUUCCCAAACUAUAGAGAUGUGGUGUCAGGGGGCAUCGGGCUGGCGUGUGAGGUUAGGGCAGGGCUUCCCAAACUAUAGAGAUGUGGUGUCGGGGGGCAUCGGGCUGGCGUGUGAGGUUAGGGCAGGGCUUCCCAAACUAUAGAGAUGUGGUGUCAGGGGGCAUCGGGCUGGCGUGUGAGGUUAGGGCAGGGCUUCCCAAACUAUAGAGAUGUGGUGUCAGGGGGCAUCGGGCUGGCGUGUGAGGUUAGGGCAGGGCUUCCCAAACUAUAGAGAUGUGGUGUCGGGGGGCAUCGGGCUGGCGUGUGAGGUUAGGGCAGGGCUUCCCAAACUAUAGAGAUGUGGUGUCAGGGGGCAUCGGACUGGCGUGUGAGGUUAGGGCAGGGAUUCCCGAACUAUAGAGCCACAAGACUGUUCCAAAGGAUCUCCGGAGGUUUUGAGAUGUAUUUUUUUUUUUUUUAUACAAGUUUGACAUUAAAUUGACAUUUUGUCAUGAAAUCAGAGCAAUUCGGUCAAAAUCAGGUUAGCAGCAUUUGCUUACUGGUCGCCCCAAAGAGAAACCAUCUUUAGCUUGUGCUUUCUCUGGUAUAGGUGAGUGGAAGAACCUGUGAUGUCCUCACCAACGUGUCUCGAGGAGGAAAGGUUGGGGACACCUCGCGUGAGGGGCAUCUAUCUACUCUCUCCCUAUGUGCUAUGCCAUACUACUAGUGAUGUUACACCACACGAGUCACUGCUAGUUCUCCCCUGGGAUCCAAAGGUUGAUUUAGUGUUGAACUGUUAGUUUAUCCCUUCCAUCUCACCAAGGGUUUUCGUGGUUCUACCAACUUUUUCAAUUACAUUUACAUUUACGUCAUUUAGCAGACGCUCUUAUCCAGAGCGACCUACAGUUAGUGAGUUCAUACAUUAUUUUAGAACCCACAACCCUGGCGUUGCAAACGCCAUGCUCUACCAACUGAGCUACAUCCCUGAAUUUGAUUUUGCAACAAUCUGACUGGCUUCAAGAGAUUACUGGAGCCAGACUCCUUUUCCAUUGUCCUAGUUUUUUUUCCAUUUGCAUCGCAUUGAUUCGCAUAUAACACUGCAUACAACACAUUCCAGUCUGAUAAGCUUACAUCAAUUCUGCUUUAAGUUUGCUUAAGCUUAGCUGUCGUUUGCUUUUUAAUGAAGGCUAAUUAUGUGAGAGAAAAUCGAUUUAACUUUAGGUGUCAGCUUACAUUAAAGUAUUGAUUGGUCUAAAACAAAACGCUCGUAAGGCUGGCACUUACCUGCAUGCGAAGGGCCCUUCGUUAGAGGUAGGGCCCUUCGUUAGAGGUAGGGCCCUUCGUUAGAGGUAGGGCCCUUCGUUAGAGUGGAUUAGGGAUCUGACUGGUAACGUGACUCAACUGAAAGCCAAAGUUUACUAUGGGAAUAGUGGAAAUGUGCAUUGUCUAACAUGGAUUUCUUGGUAAGAUUAUGAAUGCAAUGUAAAAUACACAGAUUAAAUUCUCCUCUUUUGAUAUUGAUGAAUGAGGGUGCUAAUCUUCCCGUCGUGUGAAUUGGUGAACGGGUCUCCCGGUCGCGGCCGGCUACGACAGAGCCUGGUUACCACUGCUUGUUUGGUAGUCUUCCAACGCAAUACAAGGAUGUAAAACAGACAGACAGACUACCACCUAGCAUGGCAUGGCUGCCUUCUCAGAGACUGCCCUCGACCUCUAUAGAGCUGACCUCCUCAACCUCUACAACUAUACAUGAACGAGAACGACUAGCACUCCAUUGUCCACUUGCAAACGUCUCACGAAGUUUAGAUUUUGGGUGUGAACUGUCACUUUAAGUAAAGCACUUUAUUAUACAGUAUGUUCGAUCACCACUACUUCUUAAAAACAGACUCGUUGGUAUGAAUGUCUGUGACAUGGCGUGUGUUUCUGUGCUAACUCAGCACAGAGAUUUUAGUACAAUAUGAAGCAUUGUGGACCAGUAACAAAUACCCUUUUAACACUAUCGUACCUACCCCAACUGCUGGCUCUGAUCACAAUGUCCUUUUCAGCAUGGUGCCAUCAACUAUGUUGGAUUUGUAACCAGGCCAGCUCAGUACAGCUUUGUUUGUCUUGGGUCAGUAGUGUGAAAAGCCCUUAACAGUGCUGUUGAUCCAAGUCCCAUAUAGAGGAAAUCUGCUAUUGUGCCUACAGUGUAAAAUGAAGGAAAGGGUCAAAUAUAAUCCAUACCCCUUGUUGUUGUACUAACUACACAGUUACAUUUGAUCAAGUUCUAUCAAUAAGUUCUAAUGUGAAAUGAUUUGUUGAUUGGUCUGUCAAAUAGCACAAGGGAUUGCGCCGAGUAUAGCAAUUAACUGUUGAAUCAUAGCAAUGGAACACACAGAGAAAUGUAUAGAGAUUAUUAUAUAUAUUUUCUAUUAUAAACUAGAUCUUUAGAUAUGGCUCUGGUUCACCGUUGCUUCAAUGCUAAAGAGUCAUUGUGCUCGCAUGACUCGUGAGUCAAAACUAAUCUCAUGAGUCUGUUUCGGCAGUCUGUGCUGUUUGACCCGUCAAUGUGUUGUCGUCCGGUGUAACCCCAAGUCACUCUGUCAUAUAUUCUCCUUUAUCCUUCUACCCCUCAUGGCUACUCAAUGUAUGUUUCUUUUGUAAAAUGGAUGUAUUCUAAAUCAAAAUUGUGUUUUUACUUAAUUUGUAAAAGUGUAAAAUAUUUUAUUUCUAAUUAAAUGCUGCUUAUAUACAUAACCACCAGGUGGCUCUUGUCUCGUCUUUCAGGUGUGUAUAAUUCACAAAGGGAAUGUUAUGCUGUUACCAUAUUGCUUAAAGGGAUGGUCCACUCAAAAUAGAAACCUACAUGAUUUUUCCAUUUUACCUUGGCUGUAGUCGAUUCUCCAAGACUGUUUUUGGUUAUGUAUUUAGCUUACUAAGGCAUUUUAUAGUCUUUGUGUUUCGUUGUACACAAGUGUCGAAGGGUUACAGGCUAGGGUUUGUAAAUUAUAGUACAUAAAGUAUUUGGUUUCUUCUCAAGCUUCUCUAGAAGUAGAAGGCAAAUGUCCACUAAACCUAAUGGUUCUGGUCCUUAUGGUCAGUUAAAAUCUGAACUCUGAGUCCCAUCUGGAUGCAAUGCCUGGAAAAAGGGAGAUUUUUCAACAUGGAAACUGUAUCCAAGCCAGGUAAUGGAAAAUAAACAGUGUGAUUGCAAUGAGCUGUGCAGUGCCUGUCCGCCCCAUUGCCUGGGGCCAUUUAGUAGAUAAUACACUGUCAUCAUUACAGAAGCUUUGCCCAGGUUCAGUCCUAUAGACAUAACUCUAUGAACAGGAAUGAUAUUUCUGCUUAUCAGUGUUUGUUGGCAUGGCCUCCCCCGCAGAUCUUGCAGGCCAGAGCCUGAGGGGGUUACAGUACAAUGGCAUCCUGAUUCAGGCUUCCCUGAAUUCACCCGCCAUACACACAGAUGGAAAAACUAUUUCCCUGAAGUAUCACCAUCUCUGUUUGCUCCAUUAAAAGUGACCGUGUUUUCCCUCAAACGCUCAACAUGCCAACAUGCAGCCACGCCCCUUUUCCUUUGGAGCUCCAGAACUCCACAUGGCAUGUCUGUAAAAACAGAAGCUGGAGAGUCCAGAUGCAUGGUGAGUACGCAUAGAUGCUUGUCCAUCAUUACAGAGCGAGAGAGAGUGCAGAAUGCUAGUGUGACUCCUGGUGAAAAGAAAGGGUUAAAUCUCUCUCUUUAGUGUGGUGUGUGUGAGUGAUCUCCUCAACAGCUGCGUCACAUCUAGAGCACAGAGAAAGAGAGGAUAGUGGGGUUGAUGUGGAGCGUUCUGAAUAGGAACACUUUAGAUUCCGGACUCCUGUCACUCCUCAGUGACAUCAUGUCUGUUCUGGUUCCUAGCUCUAUGGUUCUGGUGAGCCAGAGGGCGCCGAUGCCCCCUCAUCUGCAACCAAGACACCUCCUGCCUCUUCUUCUCCGUGUCAUUCUACUCUGCCUCCAUGGAAGUGCCUGGCCCCACGGUAAGAGCUGGAGCGAUGAUUUCAUCAUACACUGACGAUUACACAUUUAAUUCAGAUGUAUUACCCUACUGAACAUGCUGUAACUUGUGUUAGCCUCUCUAUUCUGAAGUGUUCCCAGUACUUCCAUUGUUAGAGUUUUUUGCUUUUGUUGUAAUUGCAGUUGCUGAGUAAUGAAUUUCCCCUCUGAGUCAUAUGGGUACACCUAGUCAUGUCUGUGGUUUAAUUCUUUGGUCACAUACCUAGUGAUGUCUGGGUUUUAACUUCUCUGGUCCAAAUACUGUACCUAGUGAAGUCUGGGUUAUAACUUCUCUGGUCACAUACCUAGUGAAGUCUGGGUUUUAACUUCUCUGGUCACAUACCUAGUGAAGUCUGGGUUUUAACUUCUCUGGUCCAAAUACUGUACCUAGUGAAGUCUGGGUUAUAACUUCUCUGGUCACAUACUAAGUAAUGUCUGGGUUUUAACUUCUCUGCUGUUAGAAAGCUGGGGGAAAUGUCUGUGGUUUGCCACACUCAUUUUGACCAGACUGGAAUGAGAAUAUGUAUGACUGUAGUAGUUAAUUAACCUCUAUGGGAUCGGUGUCCCGUAUACGGGACGGUUGAGCUAACGUGCGCUAAUGUGAUUAGGAUGACUUGUAAGUAACAGCAAACUUUCCAGGACAUAGACAUGUCUUAUAUGGGCAGAAAGCUUAAAUUCUUGUUAAUCUAACUGCACUGUCCAAUUUACAGUAGCUAUUACAGUGAAAUAAUACCAUGCUAUUGUUUGAGGAGCGUGCACAACAACAACAAAAACUAAUCACGGCAACUGGUACCUCUGAAGGUAAAUAAUGUACUUACAUUCAGUAAUCUUGCUCUGAUUUAUCAUCCUAAGGGUCCCAGAGAUAAAAUGUAGCAUAGUUUUGUUUGAUGAAAUCCAUUUUUGUAUUCAAAUGUAGGAACUGGGUUCUACAGUUUGAACCCCUGCUGUCUCUGGAUACACACCCACCCCGCCCGGCCAUCUAGAUGUGUGAAAGUUGGUAUAUAAGCUAAUGAUCCAUCAUGUAUGACAUUCCUGGGAGUGUGUAAACUUACAUUUUGUAUUACCAUAUAAUUUUUGUAUGUUCUCUAGAGUUAUGUACUUGAUAAUGUAUAAAUUGACCAAUUUGGCAUAUUUGGGUAGACUUGAUACAAAAUAGUCCAGUAUUGCAAUCUGAAACUGCACACACUGCUGCCAUCUAGUGGCCAAAAUCUAAAUCUAAAAGUUUUUUUACAUUUACAUUUACAUUUUAGUCAUUUAGCAGACGCUCUUAUCCAGAGCGACUUACAGUUAGUGAGUGCAUACAUUAUUUUUUUAUUUUUCAUACUGGCCCCCCGUGGGAAUCGAACCCACAACCCUGGCGUUGCAAACGCCAUGCUCUACCAACUGAGCUACAUCCCUGCCGGCCAUUCCCUCCCCUACCCUGGAUGACGCUGGGCCAAUUGUGCGCCGCCCUAUGGGUCUCCCGGUCACGGCCGGCUACGACAGAGCCUGGAUUCGAACCAGGAUCUCUAGUGACACAGCUAGCACUGCAAUGCAGUGCCUUAGUCCACUGCGCCACUUAUUAUCUUUUACCAGAUCUAAUGUGUUAUAUUCUCCUACAUUAAUUUCACAUUUCAACAAACUUCAAAGUGUUUCCUUUCAAAUGGUAUCAAAAAAUGCAUAUCCUUGCUUCAGGUCCUGAGCUACAGGCAGUUAGAUUUGGUUAUGUCACUUUAGGCGAAAAUUGAAAAAAAGGGUCUGAUCCAUAAGAGGUUAACACUUAGGGACAACAAAGUCAAGGUAUUGGAGUGGCCAUCACAUAACUCUGUGUGGUUGUUGUUUUUAUCGCACUGGUUUGCUUUAUCUUGGCCAGGUCGCAGUUGUAAAUGAGAAUUUGUUCUCAACUGGCUUAAUUAGUUAAAUAAAGGUGAAAUAAAAAAAAUUAAAAUAAAAGCCCUGACCUCAAUUCUAUAGAAAAUGUGUGGGCAGAACUAAAAAAGUGUGUGCGAGCAGGGAGGCCUACAAACCUGACUCAGUUACACCGGCUCUGUCAGAAGGAGUGGGCCAAAAUUCCCCCUACUUAUUGUGGGAAGCUUUUCGAAGGCUACCCGAAACGUUUGACCCAAGUUAAACAAUUUAAAGGCAAUGCUACCAAAUACUAAUUGAGUGUUUGUAAACUUCUGACCCACUGGGAAUGUGAUGAAAUAAAUAAAAGCUGAAAUAAAUCAUUCUCUCUACUAUUAUUAAACUGAGUUUAAAUGUAUUUGCCUAAGGUGUAUGUAAACUUCCGACUUCAAAUGUAUGUAUGCAUGUAUAUAUAUGUAUUCAAGGGUUUUUCUUUAUUUUUACUAUUUUCUACAUUGUAGAAUAAUAGUGAAGACAUCAAAACUAUGAAAUAAUAUAUAUGGAAUCAUGCAUUAACCAAAAAAAUGUUAAACCAAAAAUAUAUAUUUGAGAUUCUUCAAAGGAGCCACCCUUUGCCUUGAUGACAGCUUUGCAUGAUGUUGGCAAGGUAGUAUUUUAUACUUCAAGGGGUCUUAAAAAUUCAAAUCAAAUUGCUAAAUGAUCCUUGGUAUGACCUUCUUAAAACAGUUCAUAAUAGCUCAGUAGAACCCCAGCUUAGACAGGGCUUAGUCUGUAGAGGGUAAAAGACACGUCUUUGGCACCAUCACGAGAUAGGGUUAGAUUGCGUUUGGGGGGGUUUCUUGCUAUUGUAAUGACCCCUGGGGGAGCAGGUAAUGAACUUUGAACCAUGAAUUUACGAUUCAAGCACAUUACCCCUGUUCCAAUAGGAUUAACCCACUCAGCAGAGUUAGUCAACAGAGAGCUGUAAAAUCACUGCAUAGAAUCACAUUGGGUCCUUUUUUCUUGUCUCUCACAUAGAACUUGCCACAAGACACCUGGAAGUUGAUGAGAGGUAUCAAACAAAUUAUAGUCUCACAGAGGAUUGCUACCCUUAAACCCUCUUCCAGUUUACACAUGCUAUACUUAAGCAAUAAGGCCCGAGGCGGUGUGAUAUAUUGGCCAAUAUACCACGCCUAAAAUCUGUUCUUAGGACACAGCCCUUAGCAGUGAUACAUUGGCUAUAUACCACAAACCCCUGAGGUGCCAUAUUGCUAUUAUAUACUGGUUACCAACAUAAAUAUAACAGGGAGGAAGUUUUGCAUCAUACCCGUGGCAUAUUGUCUAAUAUACAGUGCUUUGCAAAAGUAUUCAUCCCCCUUGGCGUUUUUUAAAUAUUUUGUUCCAUUACAACCUCUAAUUUAAAUGACAUUUUAUUUGGAUUUCAUGUAAUGGACAUACACAAAAUAGUCCAAAUUGGUGAAGUGAAAUGAAAAAAAUUACUUGGGUGAAUAGUUAUGCACGCUCAAGUUUUCUGUUUUUUUGUCUUAUUUUUUGUUUGUUUCACAAUAAAAAAAUAUUUUGCAUCUUCAAAGUGGUAGGCAUGUUGUGUAAAUCAAAUGAUACAAACCCCCCAAAAAAUCAAUUUUAAUUCCAGGUUGUAAGGCAACAAAAUCGGAAAAAUGCCAAGGGGGGUGAAUACUUUCGCAAGCCACUGUACACACUGCUGGAAUGCUGUUUCAGCCAAUCAGCAUCCAGGAUCCAAACUACCUGGUUUAUUAUGUAGCUAUGGCUACAUUUACACAGGCAGCCCAAUUCUGAUCUUUUCCCCAAUCAUUGGCAAAAGAGCUGAUCUGAUUGGUCAAAAGCCCAUUAGUGGGAAAAAAAAAGAUUAGAAUUGGGCUACCAGGUUAAACACAUUAGAGCCCUACUCAAGCAAACGUGAUAACCAGAUCUCUGGGAUAGCAAAAAUAAGCUUUAUACAAAUAAUUUUAGCCCCAAAAAACACUCUUCCAGUACAGGGAGGAUACAGUUGAGGUGUGUUUGCUUUGAGUUGCGUUCAAACUGUAGCUAAAUAUUAUUUUGAAAUGUUAUGAAUCAAAACGUGCAUUCAUGUAGACUAUAGAGCAUGUUAUUUUACAGAAGCAGUAAUUCUAGACAGAUGAACGCCGUGCCUCAUGACAUGUUGGGUUCACAACAUGCCGGUCUCAAUGUGAAACUCCCUUGAUACGGCAUUGCUUGUUCUUUUGAGUUUAGGCUUGGUAUCAUGUGUUGUACAAGUGUGUAUUAAUACAUGUGUGAAUUGGAAAUGUGUUUGUAUGUGAGAGGCCCUAGGGGAGUGGCGUCACGACCAGGGACAGCCAUUGGAGCAAUUAGGGUUAAGUGCCUUGCUCAAGGGCACAUUCUUCACCUUGCCGGCUCGUGGAUUAGAUCUAGCGACCAUUCGGUUACUGGCCAACGCUCUAACCUGCCACGCUAAAAUGGGCUUUAGAAAAUACAUUUGAUUGACUGAUUGCUUUGAUUUAGAUUCCAGAGGUGUGGUGGAUGACAAGUGUCCCAGCUCAGAGUGGAACCACAUGUGUGGGGACUGUUGUGAGUACCACCUGAUCCAGUGUAGGUGUCCCUCCCAGGGUGCACGGGUCGGGUACUCCGUCCCCUGCUGCCGCAAUGAACUGGACCAGUGUGACCCCUGCAUCAUCCACCCUGGUAAACAACCUAUCAGACCUCUACCAAAGAUACUGGUAACUAACCCAAGAUAUCUCAUCGGUGUCGUUUCUAGUGGGAGCAAAUGAAGCAUAGUGGACAGAACAAGCAAGGAGGUGGGCAGAACCAAGCAUGACCUAGUGAGAUCCUAUUGGUGGGUUUUAGCAUAUAUUUGCAUAUUUCUGCUAGGUAACGCCUUCUUUGUGAAGUGUGCAUGUGCAAUAAUUCAAUUCGCCGUUGCAUUCCUUCUAAACGACACCAUUUUUAAAAACUUUGGCAAAGGGUAAAGUCUACAACACGUAGUCCACUCUGUACAGAUUGUAAUUUUGGGAAGAGAACUGUAUUGAGAUCGAAUGUUUUAUCAAUGAGAAAAUGUGCAGAAUGUCCGCCAAGUUUCAUUUAGCUCAAUUUUCUCCCACUUCCCGCCAUUGGACUUCCUCUCAUCACCAUAUUUGGUGGUGAGAAGAAGCUCUAAACGGACGCUUCAGAUGUAUACAUCCGGUGAGACAUCUGGCUCCUUCUUAUAAUCUGUGCCUCUACUGCUUCCCUGUUACUCCCUUCCAGCUUUCUUACCCAAUACAACUGUUUGUACACUGACCUUUUUCUUCUUAUUCUUCACAUGAUGAUAACGCUUUACGUUAAGAUGUACAUACAAGGAUUUAUACCGGUUAUAAGUCGUUUAUUCACUUUUUCUUACGGAUUUAUUAACGUUUAAUGAAUCAAACAUUUAAAAGUGAUAAAACAUUGGUUGAAAUUGCAUGUCAUUUAACUGCUUGCAGGAACGCUGGUCUGAUCCACUGGUCCCCCUGUUUCUGCUCUUCCCUCAGGCUGCAGUCUGUUUGAGAACUGUAAGACCUGUCACAAUGGGACGUGGGAGGCCAAGGACGAUUUCUUCAUCCGAGGGAGAUUCUGUACAGACUGUCGUCAGGGUUGGGCAGGUGGAGACUGCAAGAGUGAGUAAGCUGUUUCAGGGGUAGAGCGUUUUUCUAAAUUACAGUGUUUGGGAGUUUCUCACUGGUUUCAUUGCCAGUGUUGGGGAGUAGUGAACUACGUGUAAUUCAACUAGUUUUGUAACUACAUUUUGCAGUAGCUUGGUGGUAGUUGAACUGAAUUGAAAUUUUGGUACCGUUUCAGCAGUUAAUUAUUUUAUAGCCAUGUAGCGGUGUAUCUACAGUUGAAAUCGGAAGUUUACAUACACUUAGGUUGGAGUCAUUAAAACUAGUUUUUCAACCACUCUACACAUUUCUUGUUAACAAACUAUAGUUUUGGCAAGUCGGUUAGGACAUCUACUUUGUGUAUGACACAAGUAAUUUUUCCAACAAUUGUUUACAGACAGAUUAUUUCACUUAUAAUUCACUGUAUCACAAUUCCAGUGGGUCAGAAGUUUACAUACACUAAGUUGACUAUGCCUUUAAACAGCUGGGAAAAUUCCAGAAAACAAUGGCAUGGCUUUAGAAGCUUCUGAUAGGCGAAUUGACAUCAUUUGAGUCAAUUGGGUCAAUUGAGUCAAUAGGGCGGCAGGUAGCUUAGUGGGUAAGAGUGUUAUGCCAGUAACCGAAAGGUCGCUGUUUCUAAUCCCCGAGCCGACUAGGUGAAAAAUCUGUCGAUGUACCCUUAAGCAAGGCACUUAACCCUAAUUGCUCAUGUAAGUCGCUCUGGAUAAGAGCGUCUGCUAAAUGACUAAAAUGUAAAUGUAAAUGUAAUUGGAGGUGUACCUGUGUAUGUAUUUCAAGGCCUACCUUCAAACUCAGUGCCUCUUUGCUUGACAUCAUGGGGAAAAUCAAAAGAAAUCAGCCAAGACCUCAGCAAAAAAAUUGUAGACCUCCACAAGUCUGGUUCAUCCUUGGGAGCAAUUUCCAAACGGCUGAAGGUGCCACGUUCAUCUGUACAAACAAUAGUAUGCAAGUAUAAACACCAUGGGACCACGCAGCUGUCAUACCGCUCAGGAAGGAGACGCGUUCUGUCUCCUAGAGAAUAACGUACUUUGGUACGAAAAGUGCAAAUCAAUCCCAGAACAACAGCAAAGGACCUUGUGAAGAUGCUGGAGGAAACAGGUACAAAAGUAUCUAUAUCCACAGUAAAACGAGUCCUAUAUCAACAUUACCUGAAAGGCUGCUCAGCAAGGAAGAAGCCACUGCUCCAAAACCGCCAUAAAAAAGCCAGACUAUGGUUUGCAACUGCACAUGGGGACAAGAUUGUACUUUUUGGAGAAAUGUCCUCUGGUCUGAUGAAACAAAAAUAGAACUGUUUGGCCAUAAUGACCAUCGUUAUGUUUGGAGGAAAAAGGGGGGUGGCUUGCAAGCCGAAGAACACCAUCCCAACCAUGAAGCACGGGGGUGGCAGCAUCAUGCUGUGGGGGUGCUUUGCUGCAGGAGGGACUGGUGCAUUUCACAAAAUAGAUGGCAUCAUGAGGAAGGAAAAUCAUGUGGAUAUAUUGAAGCAACAGCUCAAGACAUCAGUCAGGAAGUUAAAGCUUGGUCGCAAAUGUGUCUUCCAAAUGGACAAUGACCCCAAGCAUACUUCCAAAGUUGUGGCAAAAUGGCUUAAGGACAACAAAGUCAAGGUAUUGGAGUGGCCAUCACAAAGCCCUGACCUCAAUCCUAUAGAAAAUGUGUGGGCAGAACUGAAAAAGCAUGUGCGAGCAAGGAGGCCUACAAACCUGACUCAGUUACACUAGCUCUGUCAGGAGGAAUGGGCCAAAAUUCACCCUACUUAUUGUGGGAAGCUUGUGGAAGGCUACCCGAAACGUUUGACCCGAGUUAAACAAUUUAAAGGCAAUGCUAACAAAUACUAAUUGAGUGUAUGUAAACUUCUGACCCACUGGGAAUGUGAUGAAAUAAAUAAAAGCUGAAAUAAAUAAUUCUCUCUACUAUUAUUCAGACAUUUCACAUUCUUAAAAUAAAGUGGUGAUCCUAACUGACCUAAGACAGGGAAUUUUUACUAGGAUUAAAUGUCAGGAAUUGUGAAAAAUUGAGUUUAAAUGUAUUUGGCUAAGUUGUAAGUAAACUUCCGACUUCAAAUGUAACUGCUGGAACUACACACUACUUUAUAGCCAUGUAGCGGUGUAGCUAACUACUGGAACUACACACUACUUUAUAGCCAUGUAGCGGUGUAGCUAAUUACUGGAACUACACACUACUUUAUAGCCAUGUUGCGGUGUAGCUAAUUACUGGAACUACACACUACUUUAUAGCCAUGUAGCAGUGUAGCUAACUACUGGAACUACACACUACUUUAUAGCCAUGUAGCGGUGUAGCUAACUACUGGAACUACACACUACUUCAUAGCCAUGUAGCGGUGUAGCUAACUACUGGAACUACACACUACUUUAUAGCCAUGUAGCAUUGUAGCUAACUACUGGAACUACACACUACUUUAUAGCCAUGUAGCAGUGUAGCUAACUACUGGAACUACACACUACUUUAUAGCCAUGUAGCAGUGUAGCUAACUACUGGAACUACACACUACUUUAUAGCCAUGUAGCAGUGUAGCUAACUACUGGAACUACACACUACUUUAUAGCCAUGUAGCAUUGUAGCUAACUACUGGAACUACACACUACUUUAUAGCCAUGUAGCAGUGUAGCUAACUACUGGAACUACACACUACUUUAUAGCCAUGUAGCAUUGUAGCUAACUACUGGAACUACACACUACUUUAUAGCCAUGUAGCAGUGUAGCUAACUACUGGAACUACACACUACUUUAUAGCCAUGUAGCAGUGUAGCUAACUAAUGGAACUACACACUACUUUAUAGCCAUGUAGCAGUGUAGCUAACUACUGGAACUACACACUACUUUAUAGCCAUGUAGCAGUGUAGCUAACUACUGGAACUACACACUACUUUAUAGCCAUGUAGCAGUGUAGCUAACUACUGGAACUACACACUACUUUAUAGCCAUGUAGCAUUGUAGCUAACUACUGGAACUACACACUACUUUAUAGCCAUGUAGCAGUGUAGCUAACUACUGGAACUACACACUACUUUAUAGCCAUGUAGCAUUGUAGCUAACUACUGGAACUACACUACUUUUUUUGCACAAAGCAUGUGUGAAGUAGACAAUAAUGUCCUUUCUUUUUCGGCAUCAGACCUGCCUAAUUCUCACUAGAAAGUUCUUAUGUUUAAUAGGCUAAAUUACACAUUCUGUUAUCAUCUGACUCCAGAGUGAUCUAUUCUUGCAAUUUUGUAUUCUAUGACAUUUCAGAUUUACAUAUGUAACUUUAGUUAAGUAAACUAUGUUUAGAACUUUAGUGUAGCUUAACUUCUGCCAAUGUGAUGUAAUUGGUAGCUUGGUAAACUAUAUUUUCAGAGUAGCUUCCCCAACACUGUUCAUUACAAAAAAAUGUAAUGACUUGCUGCAAACCAAAAAAAAAAUUGUUCUUGUUCCUAGCAUGUGGAGGGGUGAUUCGUAGAUCCCAGGGCCACAUCAUGUUGGAGAGUUACCCCAUCAAUGCGCACUGUGAGUGGAGGGUGCAGGUAGAGAGAGGGGAGAACGUGGAGCUCAGGUUGGUCCCUGAAUUGAUUAUACUGUCAAAUUCAUUGAAUCUCUCAUUGGUUUUCAUGAAGUUGAAUGGUAUUCUAUGAGGAAGUUGUCUGUCACAAUCCAUGGACACCGGAUAUAGAUUCGUAUCUUCUCCUACUUAACAGCCAAACAUAAUCAUAACCAAGACCUUGUUUGGUUCCGUCCAGGUUCUCCAUGCUUAGUCUAGAGCCUGACCUCAACUGUCACUAUGACUACGUGGAGCUGCGGGAUGGUGACAGCCUGAGCUCCCCUGUCAUUGGCCGGUUUUGUGGGAAUGAGCUGCCUCCACCAAUCAGAACCUCUGGAACCAGGCUGCACGUCCUGUUUGUCUCAGACGGCUACAACAACUUUGAUGGCUUCUUUGCCACUUUUCAGGAGAUCUCGGGUAGCUACAGGCAGGGAUUAUUGCCAUCACGAACAACACUUUAGCAUAGAUUGUUGCAUGUCCUUACAUGGUUAUAUUUUGGCCAAGAUUAUUUAAAUGAUUUCAAUCAAUCAGCCGGUCGGUCAGUCAGUCAUCCUGUCUGUCGCUCAUCCUGUCUGUUUAUUCAAAUUAUUAUUAUUCAUUAUCAUUAAUAAUUUGUCUAAUUGUCUGUUUGUUUCAUAUGUUGUGCUCCCUUGCAGCGUGCAGCCCCUCCCCUUGUCAGCACCAUGGAACCUGUUUCCGGGACCCAGUACAGUCUUUUCGCUGUGCAUGUCUGGCAGGUUACACAGGUCAACUCUGUGAGAAUGGUUAGUGAUCCGUCUGCUCCCAAUAACCUAAUUUCCCCACCAAACAAAGUGAGUUAUUCAUUUCAUUCAGGUAUUAUAAAACCUAGCUCUACUGCUUGCUGGGAGGAUAACCUUUUACUGCAGUGGGUUAAAAUCAGGGUCACACAGAGUGUUUCUUGGUCGUCUUAAACAAAUCUACUCUGAAACAAAAGUAUACACCUCACACACAUGGUUAUGGGCUUUAAAAAAGAAGACACCUGUACCAUGUCAGAUAUAGAGUUGAAAUGUCUUCAAUUUUGAGUUUGCAUCCCAAUAUUACACUAUAUAUACACAGAAGACUGAAAUAUAACAAAACUGUUUGACAUAGAAACACCGGAUUUUCAUCAGUAAAAAAAAAAAAAUCUUUAAUAAAAAUAUUAACAUUCCACCCAUGAGGCCAAAGAGGGCGCUUUCAGGGUCAUUUCAGGAGUCCAGACCAAACUGGGGAUGGUUGAUAUAAUAUUUCUACACAGACCACACUCUCUCUCUCUCUCUCUCUCUCUCUCUCUCUCUCUCUCUCUCUCUCCCCCCUUCCAGUUGCUAGGAGACAGGUGUGUGUGUUGCCGGCGAGGCCCGUGAACGGAGAGCUCCUCUCUGUGUACGGCCUGGGGGAUGAACUCCUGGCUGUUCAGUACCUGUGUCACCCACCCUACACACUGACUGGCACCCCCCAGAGGACCUGCCUGCCCAAUGCCACCUGGAGUGGCACAGUGCCCAUCUGUGGAAAGGUAGAUAAAGGUAAAGUUCAAGAUCAUGGAAAUGAAUGGAUCAACUUUAUUGAUCCCCAGCACAGACAGGAAUGAUGCAGACAUGAGUACUGAUGGAACAGGUACAUUACAUUAGAUGAUGCCUCACGUGUCAAUAAAAUAAACUACACAAUGAAAACAAGAAGAGAGUACACAAGGAAUGAACAUACGUGACAGAGUCAUGGUAGACCAUUGAAUGACCAGUACAUUUCUCAAUACAUGAUUCUCCUCCCUCUCUUCACCUCUCUCAGAGCCCAUUAGACCCAGUCAGAGGGGUGCGGACCCAGUCAGAGGCCCGGGGGGGUGUCCUCCUCCAGCCAGGCUGCACCAUGGCUACCUCCAGCUGGUCCGGGGCUCUGGGGGAGGUCCUGACACAGUGGACUACUUCUGUAACACCUCCUACAUCCUGAGUGGAGGCUCCCGGAGCACCUGUCUCUCAGAUGGCUCGUGGAGUGGCCGGCGACCACUGUGUGUGAGAGGUAUACUGACAGCAAUCCGUCAGUUGGAUAAAACCCCUGCACAUGUUUAUCCACAUUUAUAAACUGAGUUGUUCGAGCCCUGAAUGCUGAUUGUCUGAAAGCCGUGGUAUAUCAGACCGUAUACCACGGGUAUAACAAAACAUUUAUUUUUACUGCUCUAAUUACAUUGGUAACCAGUUUAUAAUAGCAAUAAGGCACCUCGGGGGUUUGUGAUAUAUGGCCAAUAUACCAUGGCUAAGGGCUGUAUCCAGGUACUCCACGUUGCGUCGUGCUUAAGAACACCCCUUAGCCGUGGUAUAUUGGCCAUAUUCCACACCACCUUGGGCCUUAUUGCUUAAAUAACAUCAGACUGUACAGUGCUUUAGUGUUGUUGUUUAGGUUAUUGGACAAUACUGUUGAUUACGUGGUUAAGUGCUCUUUCUCUGUGUCCACAGCCUGUCGAGAGCCUAAGGUAUCUGAGCUGGUGAGACACAAGAUUGUGAAGCCAAUGGCCCCAUCCAGGUAUGACCCGUACUAACACUACUAUAUGUCUCAUUCUGACUGUUUGUAUGUCAAUCUGUACAAAGCCGGCACCUUGGGUGAAUUUAAACACUGCUUCUGGUUUUUAGAGUGGAUUAGGUUUUAUUUUACAGCAGAGGUGUCAAACUCAUUCCACAGAGGGCCGAGUCUCUGCAGGUUUUAGUUUUUUCCUUUCAAUUAAGACCUAGACAACCUGGUGACGGGAGCUCCUUACUAAUUAGUGACCUUAAUUCCUCUAUCAAGUACAAGGGUGAAGCGAAAACCCGCAGACACUCGGCCCUCCGUGGAAUGAGUUUGACACGUGUUUUACAGACAAUAACUUCCCAGUAAACAUGUAUUCUAUAUCUAUUUUAAACGUGUCCAUUGUUAAGUGUAUUAUCCUUGUACAUAGACACCUUCUCUGUCCCCUACUACAGGAAAAGUCCAGUCCACAGGCUUUACACCUCGUCUAGGCAUAAGGUCUAUGACCCACCCUCCUCGGGGAAGCUUCCCAGCACCCAAGACCCUACCCUGGGGGAGUUACCCCGUGGUUUCCACCACCUGUACACCAGCAUUGAGUAUGCGUGUGCCCUCCCUCUCUACCAACACCGUGGUAGCCCCCGGCGCACCUGUCUGAAGACAGGCAGGUGGAGUGGGCGUCAUGUCUCCUGCUCGCCAGGUGAGGGCAGCACUGACUUAUAGAAAAGCUGCAAAGAAAGGGAGAUGUACUCAAACUUAGUCAGCCAAUGAACAGAUUCGUUUUUUUCGAAUAUGGUCCAACUUUAUUGGAUCCAUUUAUACAAUUUAGUACACAUUAAUCACUGUACAAGUGUCCCUGAUACAUUUACGUCAUUUAGCAGACUCUCUGGUUAAGUGCCUUGCUCAAGGGCACAUUGACAGAUUUUUCACCUAGUUGGCUCGGGGAUUCAAACCAGCAACCUUUUGGUUACUGGCCAAACGCUCUUAACUGCUAGGCUACCUGCCUCCGCAGGUGUACAUGGAGGUUAGAAACAUAGUCAGAAAACAACCUAUUUCCUCUCCCAUCUCUGACACCUACUCCUCUCUCUUUCUGUGACAGUGUGUGGUCAACUCCCAGCAGCCUUUAGCCCUCAGAACCUCACUGAGAUUGGCUGGCCCUGGCAUGCAGCCAUCUACCUACGCUUCCCCAGCAUCCGCAGUGCUGGCUCUAGCCUACAGGGGGCACCAGAGGAGGCCUCCUCUCCUUGGCAGCUGGCGUGCAGUGGAGCUCUAGUCACCCAGCUCAGUGUGCUGGUGGCAGGUCACUGCCUGGUGGUUGCAGGAGUGGGCAAGCCCCAGUGGGUAGAUCCAACCAACAUUAAAGUGGUGAUGGGAAUACACAGCCAGGGCCAGAUGAAGACACUGCAACAACUGCAGGUGGGUGUGAGUGAUGCUAGGCUAGGGGGGAUGCUGUUUAUUUUGUAUUUAUUUUAUUUAACCUUUAUUUAACUAAGCAAGUCAGUUAAGAACAAAUUCUUAUUUACAAUGACUGCCUACUUGUAAAGCACCCCCGGCCAAAACCUCCCCUAAUCCGGACGACGCUGGGCCAAUUGUGCGCCGCCCAGCUGUAUCUACACAGGGCGUAAAAGUGUGGGCGUGAUACACUUUAUGUAAGGGAAAAUCAAGUCUGGCAUUUCAAAGUGGAAAUUACAAACUUCAGAAGCCUUUCUAAACCUCAAAUACACUACAAGUUUUACCUUUCUGCACUGUUCUCCUUCAACAGGGUGAUCAAAUUAAGAUCCUACAUCUGUAUGACACACUGGUAUAAAUAAUAUAUUGUCAUGUCAAUGGGAGAUGUUGGAAACUAAGGUUGGGAAUUUGUCCUAAACAAUUAGACCUCCUUGCGUUAUGCACAAACACUUGUCCCCUCCAGAGAACAGAUUGUAGGAGUGUUGUCGCCAACCGCACUGACCAAAUCUCAAUGCACAUGGCAAGUCAGUAAGCUGUGCUUAGGUCCUGCCAAGUUGCAUGCUGGGGCACUUAUGUGUUUAGACUGAGCCAAGCAAGCUGCCACUGCUCUAACUCUCUGCACGGCAUUCAUUUUGGUUCGAUCUUCCUCAUGUCUCCUCUGAUCCAACAGGUUUCCUCUGUCUUGGCUCAUCCCAGCUUCGAUCCUGUGACACUGGACUCAGACCUGGCUGUUCUGAAGCUACGGGACAAGGCCAAGAUCAGUGAGCGUGUGCUGCCCGUGUGUCUCCCCAAAAUGCAAGGCGGGGAGGUGACCGCCACACAGGGCUAUGCCACAGGCUGGCUCCUUGCAUUUGACUCAAGGUCCAGUUCCAAACCCAGCGUAGCCGGCGAGACAGCCCAGACUGGAGUGGUCGAGCUGGGGGAUGUCCUUCAGUGCGAGAGGCAGUUUGCUCUGAGCGGGGCCCCUGUCACCAUCACUGACAAUAUGCUGUGUACAAUGCACCACCCUCUCAAUCCCACCAAGCCUUGUCCCACUGUCAGUGCAGGCAUCACAAUCAUACCAUCUCCUGCCACUAAGCCAUCAUCGGGUCCUUCGGAGGGACAGGGGGACAAUAGUGUUGUCUGGGAGCUUCUGGCUUUAGAAAGUUUUGGUUAUGAGACAUGGAACUGUGGCCCAGUGCUUUACACAGUCCAUGCCCGGAUAAAAAACUUCAAAGACUGGAUAGAGAAAAACAUGAAGUAG